UUAUGAGAAUAUUUCUAUUAGAUGAAGUAAACGUGUUCUUUUCCAUCACUUUAGUACAUGUUGCCUGCAAUUGUACAUAUAAUACACCAGCCAAGGCUGGGCAGCGGAGAUGGUCCUGUAGCCUUGAUUCUGGCUCCGACUCGAGAAUUGGCACAGCAGAUCCAGGAAGUGGCCAAUUGUUUCGGCGAACAAGCUUCCGUCAGGAACACCUGUAUCUUUGGAGGAGCUCCGAAGGGACCCCAGGCUCAAGACUUGGAACGAGGAGUGGAAAUAUGCAUCGCCACUCCAGGCAGACUGAUAGAUUUCCUGGAAAGGGGAACCACGAACAUGCGAAGAUGCACAUAUCUAGUGCUGGAUGAAGCAGACAGGAUGUUGGACAUGGGGUUCGAACCUCAGAUCAGGAAGAUCAUCGAGCAGAUUAGACCAGAUCGUCAGGUCCUUAUGUGGUCUGCCACCUGGCCAAAAGAGGUUCGAGCCCUGGCAGAGGACUUCCUCACAGAUUACACCCACCUUAACAUCGGCUCCUUGACUCUCUCUGCCAACCACAACAUCGUUCAAAUCGUCGACGUCUGCCAGGAAUUUGAGAAGGAUGUCAAGCUGUUCAGACUGCUUCAAGAGAUCGGAACUGAAAAAGAAAACAAGACUAUCAUCUUUGUGGAGACCAAGCGCAAGGUGGAUGACAUCACUCGUAACAUCAGACGUGAUGGCUGGCAAGCUUUAAGCAUUCACGGUGACAAGAACCAGCAAGAAAGGGACCACGUGUUGCAGGAGUUCCGCAGUGGUAGAGCUCCGAUCCUGGUGGCCACCGAUGUUGCUGCCCGGGGCCUCGAUGUGGAUGACGUCAAGUACGUAAUUAAUUUCGAUUACCCGUCCUCGUCGGAGGAUUAUAUACACCGGAUUGGUCGUACCGGACGACGAAGGCAGACUGGAACUGCGUACGCCUUCUUCACGAGCCACAACAUGAAGCAUGCCGGAGACUUGAUCGAGGUGCUGCGAGAGGCAGGACAGAAUAUCAAUCCAAGACUUAGCGAGAUGGCUGAGAUGGCAAAGUCUGGAGGCUUUGGAGCCAGAAGUGGUAGACGUUUUGGAGGGUCAGGAGGAGGACCGGAGAGGAGUGGUGGAAGACGUGGCGGUGCUCCAGAGGGCAGAGGACGUGGAGGAGGUCCCGGAAGAGGUCGAGGGGGGAGCAGAGGAGGCUCUGCUGGUCUUACUUCGUCAGGAGGCUAUUCUUCGGAUUAUAACUUCGGAAUGGGGAAAAUGCCUAGCCAGAUGAGUAAUUCGUAUGGCUAUAAUUCUCAAAGGAACUACGGACAGGCUAACCCACCGCAGAAUUAUGAAGGGGGCGAUAACUUUGGAAGCGGCUACCACUACAGGAGUACGGCCUACUAGAUAUAUAAUCCCUUCGUAUUGAUUCACCAGGGAUUACGGAAAUCAAAAGACUUUAAUUAUUCCUAGAAAACAUCGGUGUAUCAUACUUGUUGUUCCGAAGGCUCGUAAGGGUAUCAACACCUUUUUAGGCACGAUCAGAAUUUAUAUAGAGUAAGGUAUACAGUGUCCUCUGAUAUAAAGUGAGAUUAGUUACAAGUGAUAAUAAGUGUUAAGCCCUGUUAUUAAUCGUUAGGAGAAAAGCCUCGGGAGAAGACUCGAUGUAACCUUUGAGGUUAUAGCUUUAUUUUUUGCAUUACAUUAGGAUUUUUACGGAGGACCAGUGUCAGCGUAUCGAGAGGAAUAAAAUCCCUAAAUCGAGCACAAUUAAUUCUAAGAAACGGUGGUAUGUGUAUUUGCUCGUGAAAUUGAGAGUUUUUCAUGUGAAACAUUUAAUAUUGUUUUUCUUUUUCCACUUAGUGAGAUCGUGCUUAAAAAGUUGUUUGUUUAGGUUAGAUUUCACGACAGGUCACACUAAAAUCGUAUGAAAAGGUUGGAUUUCAUUUUCGUUUAUUUGCUGAGAGUAAGUAGAAGACUUUGUGCGUGGCACAGUUUAACUUUUAGAGCUUGUACGAUUAAGUAGGCGGAUUAACGAUAAUCUUAAUCGAUGACUUGUGUAUGGUGCUUGGACAGUGUUCAAGACAACGGAUGCUAGUCCUUUACAUUCUUAUGAGUACAAAAGUUUAGUCUCGAUAAGUUUGAACUAACCU